AUGAGUGGUUACUAUAGGUUCACCAGAACAUGGGUUUAUCGGGCUCUGAACCCGACCCUUUCAGGGCCCACCUUCACUCAAGACGUGUUCCGGUUGGAGAUUUGUGGACCCGAAGAAGAUAAUUUGAGUAUCAUUGAUGUCCCGGGUAUUUUCAAGAACACUACGGCUGGUCUCACUACCAAGCAGGAUAUGGAGAUGGUGAAGGAUAUGGUUCUGGGCUACAUGUGUAACCCUCGUUCCAUCAUGCUGACCGUGGUCCCAGCAAAUGUGGAUAUUGCUACACAAGAGAUUCUCGAGAUGGCGCGCGAGUGGGAUCCCGAGGGAACUCGCACACUGGGAGUAUUUACCAAACCUGAUUUAGUAGACAAGGAUGCUGAGGACAAGAUCAUCGACUUGGUUGAGGGCAAAUCCCAUUCCUUGGCGCUUGGCUGGAUUGUUGUGCCCAAUACGGGCCAGCAGCAGCUACUUGACCAGAGCUCUGACCGAGACUUAGUCGAGGUCAAGUUCUUUCGGGAACACCACCCAUGGAACAACCUUCCAAUGGACAAAGCUGGCAUUGGUGCCCUCAAGAUUCGCCUACAAGAUAUGCGUACCGAUGUUGGUCGAAAGCUGAAGGCCAUGAGGCAUGAUUUGUCUGCUCUUGGAAAUGAGCGAAGUACCCCGGAGCAGCAGAGAAGCUUUCUGCUUGAUGUCAUAACGAGGUUUCAAGAUAUUGUCUCGCAAGCCAUGGCAACUUCAUAUGGCACACAUGAAUUAUUUGACAAAGAAAAACAUUCCCGACUGGCAACAAUAGUCCGAAACCGCAUGGAUGUUUUCAAGUCCGACAUGGAAGAAUAUGGUGAAAUUUCCGACACAUUACCCGCCCCAAUGCAACCGAUGGAAGGCGAGGAGGAUCAGGAAGAUGAUGGUGGAAUCCCUGUUCGCAAGCACAUGGAUGUGUCAGAGCAUAGUGGCGCUAUUGAUGGCAUUCUCCACGAACAAGAGAUUGUGACAAGGCCGACAGAUGACAGCAUUCUGGUAUGGAUCGAGGACCUGUAUCGUGCUUCCCGCGGAUUCGAGGUGGGGACGUUUCAGACCUCUCUAUUGUGCACCAUCAUGAACAGGCAAUCUGGAAAAUGGACCGACUUCGCGCUCGGAUAUGUCAGCGAUGUGAUUGAUAUCAUGCAUACCUUUAUGCUCAAAGUCCUUGAAGUCAUCUGCCCGGAUGAGCAGAUUCGCGACAAGUUGUUGAGUGUCCUCACCGAUGAGCUGCCCAAGAGAUACAGAGAAGCAAUGGAACAGGCCCAACUGGUUCUUGAUGUCGAACGCAUGAACAUAAUGACUUUGAAUGACAAAUUUCAUGAAAAACUUGAGGAAACUCAAAGGAGAAGCCACCGGGAGAAGUAUGAGCCUACAGAAGACGAGGCAAAAACUCCAAUGAGUAACACUGAACGGACUGUUCGCUACAUCCAUGAAAUUCUGGCAGCCUACUACGAGGUGGCAUCUAAGCGGUUCGUCGACAACAUCUGCAUGCAAGCCACCGGCUACUGUCUGCUCACUGGACCACGCAAGCCGCUUGGACUCUUCUCGCCCCAGUUUGUUGCGAACCUAGCAGAAGAUCAGUUGACGGAGAUUGCGGGGGAGAAUGCGGCGCUGAGCCGGCGACGCGCACAGUUGAAGAAAGGGAUUCAGGAUCUGGAAACUGGUCCAAAGGUUAUGAUGUAG